AUGUUAGGUCGCGAUUUUUACCCAGAUACCAUAUGUCGAUAUCAUCCUGAUGGCUCAGUGUCUCUGCUCGAAGAUUCUGAGCUACAGUGGCUUUCUCUACCCUGGACUGUAUCGCUGUGGCUUUAUUGUCGGUAUCUUGAACACAUAUUGACCGAAAGCACACCUCACAUAGGCUACUUUCUUGCCGGUGGAGCUGCUGGUGUCGUGUCCAGAACUGCCACCGCACCGUUUGAUCGACUAAAAGUAUACCUGAUUGCCCAGACAAAAUCCCAUAACAUGAUAGCAAAUGUCGCGAAAUCCGGUACUGCUAUCGAAGCAGCGAGUUGGUUGACAUGGCCAAUUGUCCAGGCAAUGAGAGACCUAUGGCGUGCUGGCGGCAUAAGGAGUUUGUUUGCUGGAAAUGGUUUAAACGUUGCCAAGGUUAUGCCUGAAUCUGCUAUCAAGUUUGGGGCAUAUGAAGCGUCCAGACGUAUGUUUGCAGGAAUCGAGGGCCAUCAUGAUCCCAAGCAGCUGCUUCCAGUUUCCCAAUUUUUGGCUGGCGGCAUAGGCGGCAUGGUUUCUCAGUGCUUUGUUUAUCCUUUAGAUACCCUAAAAUUUCGUAUGCAAUGCGAGACCGUCGAAGGUGGCCUUCGAGGAAAUCGGCUCAUUCUCGCAACCGCCAAAAAAAUGUGGUCUUCAAAUGGCAUUUCUGCAUACUAUCGUGGACUUCAACUUGGCCUUAUAGGAAUGUUCCCAUAUGCAGCCAUUGACCUCAUGACAUUUGAAUACCUGAAAUCAACUCUGAUUAGCCGCAAGGCCCGUCUUCUUCAUUGCCAUGAAGAGGAUGCACCACUUAGCAACUUUACCACAGGCGCCAUAGGAGCCUUCAGUGGUGCUCUCAGUGCAUCGAUGGUAUACCCGCUGAAUGUUUUACGUACCCGUUUACAAGCCCAAGGAACUAUUCUACACAAACCUACAUACACUGGUGUCGUGGACGUGGCACGAAAAACGUUUGAAAGUGAGGGCCUGCGUGGCCUUUAUCGAGGUUUGACACCGAAUCUAUUGAAGGUUGUGCCAUCAGUCUCUAUCAGUUACAUCGUGUAUGAGAAUUCCAAGAGGAUUCUUGGAUUGAAUUGA